AUGGGGCUACGCACCGGGCUCAUCAUUGGCACGACGUCCUUUUUGCUAGGGACGCUCGCCAUGCACUGGACCGCCGACCAUCUCAUCCUCUGGCAAUCCCCUGUCACCUACGACUCGGUCGUCACAGCAUACACCUACUACCAGGACACAAUGGUCGACAUGCCAGCUCUCUUUCAAAAGUUGCUCCACGGCGUCGGUACACUAGCUGCGUUGCUUCUCAUCUCCAAGGCUCUGGGCGGUCGCGAGAGCAACUGGCUCUUUGACGGAGCUUCGCUUUUCCUCUUUGGUGCUGCUGGUCUCGUCUACUACCACAAAAUUGCUCCCAGCCUUGCCACCCUCCCGCCCAAGCCUCCUUCGCCAGGAUCAGCCGCUGUAGAUGCUAGAGACGCCGUCUUUGCACCGCUUCGCGAGAUCGCAACCUCGCACACCGUCCUCGCCGUCGCUCUCGUCGGCGUUGUCCUAUUGCAAAGCGGUCAAUACUACAGUGAACGACUUGAAGAACGCGAGCGUAUCGAAGAAGAUGAGGCACGCCUCCGAAGACGGCAGCGCCGACGGGAGCAGGCAGAAAAACGCAAAGAACGUUUGCAAUCGGCUGCUACCUCUCAGUCCUAG